AUUAUAUUAUGGUUUAUAUAUAGAAUGUCAUGAGUUAAUAUUCUCAUAAUAUAAAAGGAGAUAAUCCACAAAUCGACAUGCUUCUUCAGUACCACUAUUGAAACCCACCAUAAAAUCUUUGUUGCUGAAGAAAUACAUCAUUAUAUAUAUAUGUGUGUGUGAGAGAGAGAGUUCCAAUAGAUAUUGUCUUUACAGAAGAAAUCAACCACUUUAAAGCUAUUAAUAUCACUCUCUAUCUCUCCAGGGAUCAAAUGUAUAAAGAUUUGGUGGUACUAAUUAAUUAAGAAGUUCCUCCUUCAAUAAUAUUAUAGGUACCGAAGCUCAUGCUAUGGCGAAUAGAAAUGAAAGUACAAGUAUAAAAAUGGAGAGUGAGAAAGAGGAAGAAGACUCAUCAGAACUGAAGAUGGAGAACUAUAAACAAUUAAUGCUGAAUAAGAUGUUUCUAAUUGCACAUAUGGCUGCUAUCGUAAACGAUCCAUUCUUUUACUAUAUUCCAAUUCUAAAUCUGGAACACAAGUGCCUUAGAAUGGACCCAGUCUUGAAAAUUGUGGUUCCUGGUUUCCGAAUUGUGCUAGAUUCCUUUUAUAUCUUUCGACUUUUUUAUUUGAAGUCCCGUAAUAAUGGUAUAUCUGAUGAUUGGACUUCCUCCAACAAAUCCGAUAUCGCUAUUGUCAUUUCUGCUAUAAUCCCACUUCCACAGGUGAUAAUUUUUUCUCUGUUUCCCAAAGUAUCAUGCAUGGCAAAUUGGAAUAGAUAUAUGGGAUUUCUGGACUUAUUUCUUCUGUUGCAAUAUGUGCCAAGAAUCAUCCCAAUCUACAAAUCAUGCGUGGAACUAAAUUGGAGUUAUGAUUCUAUGGCUGACCGUGUAUUCAUCAAAGGCGCCUUAAAUUUCUUUCUCUUUAUUGCUGCCAGUCAUAUAACUGGGGCCUUUUGGUACUUUUUUUCUAUACAACGACUGAAAGCAUGCUGGCUGGAAUAUGCUUGUGGAAAAAACCACCAAGGAUAUGCUUCAUUUACCUGCGAUAGGAAUUACUCCAAGAGCGAUCAAAUUCUAUCACCUGUGAAUAAUGUGUGCCCUACAAAUUCAUCACAAGAAGAUACAAAAUUUGGGAUAUUUAACUCUGCCAUUACCUCUAACUUGGUUGGAAUAACAAACGAUUUUCCAAGAAAGUACAUGCUGUCUUUUUGGUGGGGCUUGCGACAUUUAAGUUCUUACGGUCAAAAUCUUGAAACCAGUAGUUAUGUAUGGGAAGCCAUCUUCGCAAUUCUUAUUUCAAUCGUGGGUUUACUCUUAGUUUUAUACUUAAUUGGAAAUCUACAGACAUACAUGCAGUUGGAUAUCCCAAGAACAAACGACAUAAAACAGAAGCUAAAAAAGAGAGAAGGUGAAAUAUAUGACAUGACCAAAAACAAUGAUUACAAAAGUACAGUUAAGCAAAGCAUAAGAAAAAAUCUUAGAAAAAUACUGACCGAACAAGAAGAUCUUGAGCAUUUGAAUGAUCUGAUCGAUCUUCUUAAAGAUUUUUUUGCUGACAACCCAAAUGCAAAACAAUCAGAGCUAGAGGAAAAAUUUGUGGAAUGGGAAAAAAGCAUAUCUGAUGGGAAAAUUUUCCAGGAGGGGAAGAAACGUAAGAGUGUAAGAAAAUGGAUGAGAGAUAAUAAUACAAUCCCCAAGGAAAUACGAUUGAGAGUUAAGGAACGUGUAAUAUGCAGAUUAGCAGACGAAGUAGAAGAUGUUAAUAUUGUCAGUGUGCUUCGUGUUCUUAAUGGUUCUCAGGAAGAAUUCUUACUAAAGAAACACCUCUGCGAGUCUAUCCUAAGGAAAUUUGAUAAAUUAGAAGAUGUGAUGGAAAAAGCCAUAGAGCUUCUGAAGCCAGUGAUCUACGAAGAGAACGAAAAUAUAAUCUCAAAGGGAGAACCACUUGAUUUGAUGUGUUUUAUCACCCAAGGCGUGGUGUGGUGCGACGAUGGCACAAGUGGCGCAGUACAACCAGCUCAAAACCAAGCAAAUGACUCCAACACAAGUGCUAGUAGUAUAGUAGUACGACCGAUCGAGAUUGAGGGUGGUCAAGAUCACUAUGGAAAAGAACUUCUGGACUGGCAGUUGAACAAUAAAAGUAUUGAUGAGGAGGAUUUUCCCAUGGCCAAAUGUAACAUCAAAUGCCAUACAGUAGUUGAAGCCUUUGUUCUUAAAGCCAUCGACUUGCAAACAUUAUUCCCAGGGACAAAGAAGGUCUUCUCGAAGACAUCAUCCACCGUGUCUUCGAAGCCAAGGUGGAUUGGUCAGCCAUACAUGAAAGUUGACAAAUAAGAUAGGAGUCCACCACACCACCCUCACUCCCUCUAAUCCCACUGCUACUUUUUCCAAUAAUAAAACAUUCAUAUAUAUACAUAUCAUUGAAUGUAAUUUUUUGUAUUUCCAAACAAUAUUAUCCCUAAUUUAUCUUUCUUCCCAAGUUCAUUUCUUACUUGUUAGUUGUGGCCGUUAAUUCUGUUAGUCUUAUAUUACUUUUAGACUGUUAAAUAGUUAGUUAGUUUUUCAGUUGUACUCUGUACUCAGAACUCAUAUAUAAGAGUUCCUUUACUCAUUCAAAUGUAACGUUUUU